CACGUUUGCUUCAAAAAUAUUGUUUAUGUAAGUUACAGAAUGGAAGGAAGCAGAUUUUAUGUCCGCGGUUCUGAUGUGUCCGUAUGGAAACAAGCGAUUUGAAUCGCAAAACCACUUCCGGAAAAGGUGGACGAGGUUUAUCCAGUUGUGGAUAGUGUGGUAGCUCUCCAUAUGGCACAGACAGAGAGGAGGAGAGAUGCUCCUGAACUGCCUGAUUUCUCUCUGCUUAAGAGAGUGGCCAGAGAUCAGCUCAUAUUCCUGCUGGAACAGCUUCCAGGGAGUAAGGAUUUAUUCAUUGAUGCAGAUCUGAUGAGCCCUCUUGAUCGAAUAGCAAAUGUCACAAUCCUAAAGCAACAUGAGGUUGACAAACUUUAUAAAGUUGAGCUCAAGCAAGUUGUCAGCACUUCAGAUCAACUGUGUUUUCUAAUACGUCCUCGAAUACAAACUGUGAAGUGGAUUUCAGAUUUAGUUAAUUCAGACAAGGCAGCUGGAAGAUUCAGAAGAUAUAAGAUCAUAUUUACACCACAAAAGUUUUAUGCAUGUGAUAACAUUUUGGAGGAGCAGGGGGUUUAUGGAGAUAUUACAACUGAUGAGUGGAAUUUCUACAUUCUUCCUCUGGAUGAUGACAUCUUGAGCUUAGAGUUGCCUGAAUUCUUCAGAGAUAAUUUUCUGGAGGGAGACCAGCGCUGGGUGACCACUGGAGGAAGUGCACUAUAUCUUUUACAGAAUAUGUAUGGGUCCUUUUCAAAGGUUUAUGGGAUUGGUAGAUGUGCCAAGAUGGUGUAUGAAUCCUGGAGGGAGCAAAUGGAGGAUGGAGAAAAGAGAAUAAAGCAACCUGAAUUUGCAAAAGUCUUUCUUAUUGAUAGAGAUGUGGACUUUGUUACUCCUCUCUGUUCUCAAGUUGUUUAUGAGGGACUGGUGGAUGAUAUUUUUAGAAUUAAAUGUAGCAGUGUUGAAUUUGGCCCUGAUGUCACUUCCUCUGACAAGAGCAUCAAAGUGAUGCUUAACUCUCAAGAUAAAGUAUUCAAUGAAAUAAGGAAUGAGCAUUUCUCCAACGUGUUUGGAUUUCUAAGUCAAAAGGCCAAAAAUCUUCAAACAGCAUAUGAUAAACGGCGUGGGAUGGACAUCCAGCAGAUGAAGACAUUUGUUGCAGAUGAACUGAAAGGACUGAAACAGGAACAUCGUCUUCUUAGUCUUCAUAUUGGGGCCAGUGAAUCAAUGAUGAAGAAGAAGACGAAGCAAGAUUUCCAGGAAUUGUUAAAGACUGAACAUUCAUUGCUGGAAGGUUUUGAGAUUCGUGCAUGCAUCACCUACAUUCAAGAACAUAUCAGUCGACAGGUGUCAAUGAUUGACAGCCUCAGACUCCUUUGCCUGUUAUCUCUCACAGAAAAUGGACUUUUGUCCAAGGACUAUCGAUCUCUUAAAUCUCAGUUCCUUCAGAGUUAUGGUAUACAUCACCUACUGACAUUUGCUAACCUAAGGCAGCUGGGUCUGCUGGUAGAACAGCAGUCUGGAGAAACAUUGACAGUCAUGGAGAGUAAAGUGGGGAAACUUGUCAAUGACAAGACUGUGGGAAAGCUGACGGAUGCCUUUUCCUCAUUGGCUAAAAAGAGCAAUUUUCGAGCUCUGAGUAGAAAACUGGCUUUGGUACCAAAAUCUGGGGAGGAGUAUGAUCUUCGGGUUCCACGAGACAUGGCAUAUAUCUUCAGUGGUGCUUACAUUCCUAUGAGCUGUAAACUGAUUGAACAGGUGUUGGAGAGAGAUGGUUGGACAGGUCUAGAGGAGGUCACGCGGAUGCUGAAUGGACAGGAAUUUGCUGGUUCAGCUGGUGGUCAUAGUUCAGAUGCACAAAGGAUCAUUCUAGUGAUGUUCCUUGGAGGCUGCACCUACUCAGAGAUCUCUGCUCUCCGCUUUCUUGGCAAGGAAAGAGGUUGCAGAUUCAUAGUGGUGACUACAGCCAUCACAAACAGUGCCCGACUUCUGGAAGCAUUAUUGGAAAAUCGCGCUUGAGUCUUAAACAACAUUCCACGUGUUACAACCAAACCCCAGGACAGAGCAGGGAGGACUGACUAUGUCCUAAUUGUCCUGGUCAUCUUUAUGACCUAAGAACAAAUAAUAUGUCUUAUGUGAUGACAGCAAGGGGUGUUUGCUGCUCAGUCUUAAUUUUUUGUGUCAUGUAUGAAUGCAGAAGUGGCAAACAUGAGAUACAAAAUUGCACUUUAUUAAAAUGUUUAAUGCCUUUUGUUCAGAAUACGGCAUGUACUGUAAUAACUGAUGUAGAACGAUUAAUAAACAUUUACUAGUUUUAAGUGCAUAUUUCAUCUCAUGUAAAGACAUUACAAUGAGUACAAAUGGGAAUGGUCCAGUAUGAAAGUUGUAUUUAUGUAUACAUUUCAGGUACAGUUUCUUAAUUUUGUUUUUUAAAUCUACAACAAUACAGCAUCCAAUAAGAAUU